AAUGUUGGCUGUACGAUUUGAAUGGCAGAGCACAACAAACCCUAAUUCCUUUUACCCCAUGUUUCGGCACAACAAACAAUCCUAUAUCCCAUGUUUCUAGCUUCAAGCAACAACUAACAAACUAUAACACUACUACCAACGAGCCAUCUGCCAACAUUACCAUUGAGAACAAAGACAGGGGAAGCUGGUCGUGAAUGGGGGAUUCUCGGUUGCAGGGGUCAGUCGGCAAUGACAGAGUCGAUGGCAGGCAGGCAAAGGUCGAGGUUGAUGGCGGACGUUGAUGGCGGAGGUCGAUGGCGAUGGUGGAGUUCGAUGGUGGAAGUCGUGUGAGUUGCGACGGAGCUGCUGGAUGACUGAAGGCGAGGCGAGGCGAGGCAACAAAGAUGGUGGAGGUCGAUGGCUGAAGGCAACAACGACAACGAAUAUGUAGGUUUUCCUUCUCGCCUCUCCCAGCAUUGCAGACUUUCAGCGUCCAAUGCGAUUAGGAACGGUCGAUGGGGAAGCACGCAACAACCGAGUGAGAGAAGAAAUUGGGCUUGGCCCAUUGAAAUAUGGAGGUUUGGAGCUGCCUAGUUGGGCUCAGCCCAUACUUAAUUUUGGCCACGGUCUGGACGGUUAACCACGGUCUAGACCAGACCAAAUCGUUCCAGACCGCAAGUGAAAGAGGCAAACCAUGGACCAGACCAAAUUGUAUUCAUGGUCUAACGGUCCGGACCAAACCGUACGGUACGGUCUAAUCCGCGGUUUUUCAUACAGUUUGGUCUAAAUUCCCAGCCCUACCAAACGGUACCUUCUACUCAGCAACCAAAGGCAGCUCCCCAUCUUGGAUCUGGGCCAGUUUCUGUGACGCCAGGAAAGCUCUUGAUCUAGGCAUCAUUUGGGUAAUUGGAACAGGGGAAACCACGUGGUUCCAUAGUGAUCCAUGGGUCCAUCCUCUCCACGGCCAGGGACACAAGAUCUCUUCUCGUUUGGACCCUCCAUCUCGUGUUUGUGAUUGGAUGAAUGAAGACUGCAGAAGUUGGGACUUCAAUCUUCUUCGGAGGCACUGCACAAUGGAAGAAACUGAGGCCAUUUCACGUAUCCAUAUUGGCCCGGAAGGUACAGACGACAAGUGGGCAUGGAAAUUCACCCCAGAUGGGUCAUUCUCUGUUCGUUCUGCUUAUCACGGGAUACAGAUGCAUCGAAGGGAACAGUCAAAUCACCUGCAACAUCAUGAUCUCAACAUGCCUGCCUCGGAGGAUAAUUGGAAAUGGCUUUGGUCCCUGAAGCUCCCUCCAAAGAUCCGCUUUUUCAUGUGGAGAGGUAUCCUCAAUGCCCUUGCUACCUGCCUCAACCUCUUCAAACGGAGGUGUUCUCCUAGUCCGAGAUGCCAAUUAUGCAACGCGGAGGAAGAAUCCUUGAUUCAUUGCCUUUUUCUUUGCCCCCAUGCAUUGACUACAUGGGAAAAAGUCAUCCCAUCUCUCACCUCUCCGCAGAACUUUUCCCAAUGGAUCUUCUCCAUGCGUGAUCAAGAUUCCCAUCUCUCUAUCCGGCAAAAGAUUUUCUGUGCUUGGAACAUUUGGAAGGCCCGCAACGAGUGUAUUUUUAGAGGUGUCGUCAUCUCCCCAACGGCAACCUCGAUCUGCGCUUUCCGUGAUGCGGCGGAACCUCACUACUCUCCACCUAUCUCUCCUUCACCCCAGCCUGGGGUCAUUCCCUCUCAAUCUUGUCCACCGCCAAUCAAUCUUCGUAGGAUUAACUGUGACGGAUCAUUUGAUAGCGUUUCACAAGAGGCGGCUUUUGGAGUGGUUAUUACCAACUCUGAAGGGCAGAUGUGCGACGGAAAGGCUGGAAAGAUUCUUUGUUCUUCCCCAAUUGAAGCUGAGGCGCUUGCUAUCCUCGCAGCUUGCCAGGUGGCAGCGGAUGACCAUGUCCCUUCAACGAUCCUUUCUGACAGCAAGGUUUUGGUGGACGCUGUUCACAGUGACCCUUCUUUGUGGCCUUGGCGAUGUUUUGCGUCACUGACCUCUAUCACCAAGAUUCUGCGAUGCUCUCCUUGGAUCCACCUUUCCUUUACUGGUCGCCAAAACAACAAGAAAGCCGAUUGGGUUGCACGCAAUUGUAGAAUGAAUUCCCUUCACCCGGAUUGGCUUUUUGUUCUCAUUGUAUUAUCUGACUUGUUGUAACUGCCGAGUUUCACUUGGGUUGGAAUGAAUGAAAGUAUGAUUAUUCAAAAAAAAGACAAUUAACUCAUUCAAACGACCCCUUAAUUAAUUAUUUACGUAUGAUAUUUAACUGACGGUGAACUUCAAUUUCCACCAGUUUACGGUGACGUUUUAGCUUUAUAAUCUACAGUUUCCCAAGCAAAGAACACCAAAACCGAAAAAAGAAGAUCCAGAUAGGUUCAAACUUCGAAGUACGUCAUCCACACCGCCCACUCCUCCAAACUGCGGAAGCGGACGAGUCGACAAAAAAUCAAAAUAAAGGAAAAAGAAAAAAAAAAGGUUUUAAACGAGAAAAGGAAAGUGAAAAAAAUUAGCUGCGCGCCAGCAAAUUGAAAAAAAAAGGGAGAAAAAACCCCAAGAGCGAAUCAUUUCUUGGUAGAGGUAGAGUUGGGCGAGGAAGAAGAAUACGGAGCACGGGAGCAGAAGAGGGACGCCGGAGCAAGAAGCAGCGCCGGAAUCCGGAAGCGGAAGGCGGAGGAGCUUCCGCCGGGAUAGGAGAGAAACAAAGGUGGAGGUUUCUGCAGCUCGACGGUUAGGGUUACCGAUUGUCGAUUUGUGGAGAAGAAACGAUGACGGAUGUGAUAUUGCACAUAUACGAUGUGACCAACAGUGGAUCGGAGAAGACGAACACCACAAUCAUGCAGAUCAAUAAGAUCUUCAAGGACGGUAUUGGCAUCGGCGGCAUCUUUCACAGUGCUGUUCAGGUUUUCCUUCUUCGCGAAUUUCUCUCUCUCUUGUUCGCUUCUUUGUGAAGUUUAAUGUACUGUCUUCGUAACCUUGCGGUGUGCUGGUGAGAGUGUAUCUGUUGAUUUCUAUUGCUCGAAUUCUGCGAGAGAGUUGUUCUGGACAAGAUCUAGGUCUCUGAGGGGGAAAAAGGAACUUAGAAAAAGUGAUCUUCUCUUUACUUGCAGUAUGUGUACUAGUUGGAGUGUUCUUCUUACCUUGCAUGUGAGACUUUGGGCUUUGCUUUGUGGGUGUAAGAAUCGUGUCGUUAUAUUUUCUAUGGCGAACCGCUACUAAGCUGUGCCUGGACUCUUACUCAAAUUGCUCUUGAGGUGUUCUGUAAACUGGACUGGCCAUUUGGUGCUUAAUGUCUUGGAGACUUCCUGAGUAGAUUCUGGAGUCAAAUUACACAAUGAAUUUUGGUAGAUGUAAUGGCCGACAUUGUUAUUAAAGAUAAUUGAAUGCGGAUUCAGGUUUUUGCUUUGGUCUUGUUGCUGAAUUUGAUGACAUUGGAAGCUAGUGAGUGUGUUGAUGAUACUCAUUGAUGACAGUUGGUUAAUGGUUCCGGUAGCUGCUGGGCUGCAUGGUUAUGCUGCGGAAUAGUUUGUGGUUGGUGAGAGGUCUUCCCUCACCUGCUUAGAUUUGUAAGUGAAAGUCAGUAGUGAUGAGAUUGUUAAGGACUAGAAUGGAUAGAACAAUGAGGUCUGUUGAGAUUGUUAAGUCGUUCGUACUUUUCACCACUCUCUUUCAAACCGUGGGGGAAAGAAGGAGAGAAGAAAAAACCGUGGGGGAAAUUACCGUUGUUUCCCUCCGUGUCGUCUGGGGUUUUCCUAAACUUUGUACGGAAUUACGGUUAAGGCAGCAAAGAAGUUAUAGACAGGCACUGUGGAUUAUGGAUUUAGGCUAGAAUGAGUAUGAUGUCCGUCCCUAUUAUAUGGAUCUCCAAAUUAAACUUAUCUUACCGCAACAGAAGGUCUAACAUAUUAGAAAUUCAACUUACUAGAAGAGUGCGAGAAAAGGAGCUGUUAGUUAAAUGCAUCAACCAAUGAAUAAGACCAAUAUAAUAAUCAAUUCAGAGAGUUCCUAACAUAAUACUGUAGUGCAAUUCAGUGCUUGACGUAUUCUUGUAAGUUGUAUAUGCAAGACCCUUGUGCAAUGAUGAAGGUCUCUGUUUAAGUGACUUCUUUCCAUGAUCAACUGUUGCUUCUCUUUGCACUGAUGUUGAAUUGCUUAUGGAUUAUUGAGUUGUUCCCCCCUGGUGACAGGUAUAUGGAGAAGAUGAAUGGUCGUUUGGCUUUUGUGAACAAGGCACGGGAGUUUUUAGUUGCCCUUCGGGAAAGAACCCAAUGUAUACUUACCGUGAAAGCAUUAUACUUGGAAGAACCAAUUUCUCAAUCUAUAAAGUGAAUCAGAUCCUUCGUGAACUUAGUAGGGAGUGGCCUGGAAGCUCUUAUGAUUUGUUGGCCAAGAACUGUAAUCACUUCUGUGAUGAGUUCUGUGAGAAGUUAGGAGUUCCAAAGCUUCCAGGUAAUGAUUUUUAUACUUGCUACUACUAUCCUUCCUUUAAAAGCUUGAUAUUGUCGGUGGCUACCAUACAUUUCAUGUCUGUUUCACUGAAACAUGUAGUUAUGAUGGGUGCACAGUUAUUUAGCUUUGGUGGCUGUUUAAGAUAGGUUAAGAAACCACUGGACCUUUC